CUUGUUUUUCUUGACAGAAUUUCAUAUUUCAAGCAUUGACAUAUUUUUUAAUUAUAAGAUGUAGGUGACUUACACCUAAGAAAUAUUUUUUUAUAACACCAAUUUGAAGCGUCCUAAAAAUCAAUAAUGUUUAAGUCCGAAAACGACCUUUGCAAUGUAAUUUCAGUGGCAGUAUAUUGCAACGCAGACAACACAAUGUUGUUAAUGGCUGAUACUAACGACCACUGGUUUCCUUGCACUAAAGAAGUUGGAAGUUCUUGGGAGAAACAGGCUACAAAAGAAAUUACGGAAAUAUUUGGGGCAACACCGACUGAGCUUAAAAUUUUGAGGAUUUCAAAGAUAUUAAUUUCGAGACAUACUGUUCCACAUUUACUGCACGUGGUUUUUCAAAUGAAUGUAGACGCAACAACAAAGAACAAAUCCAAAAAUACUAUGGGCAAAUAUAGAGGAAAAUGCCGUUGGGUAACGCAAUCUGAUCUGAUAAAACUACAACUAGGUCAUAGCUUGAGAAGUCCAGAAAUAGUAGAAAUAUUUUUCGUUGGUAAAAAGGAACAAUUACCUCCUACUUACAUUCUUCCUGAAGAGGUAACUUACAUUGAAAACUUGGUAGAAACAACUGAUGAAAAUUUUGCUGUUGGAAAAGGACACUUUGAUCAAUUGGUGGAAGCAGCUGGGAUAGACAGGUUGGGUCAAGAAGUUUUGUUAAAAGACUUUGUAGUUAAAACAUUUCCAGCCUACUAUUUGAAUAUACGUCAAUUAUCUAAAGUAGCCUUAGAUUUGGGUUGGGCUAAAGAAAGUUUUCAGAGCUUGUUUUUCGCUGCAGAUCUACAUAAACGAUUUGGAAUAUCCUUUAAAGAGUAUCUGUUCCUGUUAGCAGCUAUAGAUCCAGCUACAACGCAUGGUGGAGCAGCAGCAGAAAUUCGAAGCAGAUAUUUAUUCAAGUUUUAUGAUCAAGAUCGUGAUGGCUUAAUAAAAGGAGACGACUUUAAAAGUAUUAUAACUGAUCUAAGAAAAGUGAAAAAAAGUCCUUUAGAUCCUCCAGCUGUUGCUAAAGAAGCCUCAGAAACUUAUAAAUCGAUGGGAAUGCCCGAAGGCAACCCGAUUACAGAAUCUGAUUUCCUCAAAGCCAUAUGUGAUUUAAAAAUACGUGGUACCGCUACAUUAUUUAGAUCAACUGUUGGAAUCCUGAAAUUGAUAAAAGAAUCCAGCGAAAAACCAGCACCUACUUCUGCAGCUGCACCGGGCCCUCCAGCAAGACUCCCAUCUCAAACAGAACAACGAAAAGUGGGCAAACCAUUAGAUUACGAAGUAGCCAAUCAUUCAGUGAAGAUUCAAAGAAGUGGCCAAGCUCUCAACAUUGACGAAUUACGACAAAUUCAGGAUGCCGUUUCUACCACAACAUUGAAGCAACCAGUUAAUGAACAAGCUCGCAGAAACUCAAUGGAUAUUUUUAGUCAGAGAUCUAUUUCCAAUGAAGUUUUGAAAAGUCUGAGAUAUCUCACGUCUAUCAAUAAAAUAAACGUUCCAGGUGGUAGUUACACAUGGGGUCAAUUGGACCCAGCACAAUUUUCUCGGAAUCUAAUGAAUGUUGCGGGCCAAGUUAAAGACAUAUUCAAAGUUGAACCUAGAUUGCUAGAACUUAGAUCUCCGGUUUAUAUUAUGGGUGAUUUUCACGGAAACAUUGCAGAUCUUCUAUAUUUUGAAAAAGUUCUUUGGCAUAUUGGACCUGGAUUAAGUCCUUGUACUCUACUUUUUUUGGGUGAUUAUGUAGAUAGAGGCGCGUACAGCAUAGAAGUAAUUUCUUACUUGCUCUCCUACAAAUUACAAAGUCCUAAAAAAGUAAACUUGUUGAGAGGAAAUCAUGAAAUACGAGAAGUUCAAAAAAUGUUCACAUUCCAAAAAGAAUGCAUUCUUAAGUUUGGUGAGAAAAUUGGUGUUGAAGUUUGGAAUACACUUAACAAUGCUUUUGAUCAUAUGCCAAUUGCUGCUACUGUUGACGGAAAGAUUUUCUGUUGUCAUGGAGGCGUUCCUCCACCAUGGUUAUGUCCUGUAAUAUCUGCCAUAAACGAUAUACCAGUGCCGUUAACCCAACCAGACGCUCAAAGUUCUCUAGCUUGGGAACUGAUGUGGAAUGAUCCAGUCAGGCCAAAAGCAGUGGACGAAAAACUAGCAGUAGAAUUGCUCGCUAACGAAGGUUUUGCUGUUAAUGCUAGAAGAGGGACUGCUCACAUUUUUAGUGUUGAAGCUUUAGAAAGGUUUUUGAAAGCCAAUCAAUUAACUCAUUUAAUACGAGCUCACGAAGUGGCGGUUGCUGGAUUUCAGGUACUUCAAAAGGGUAAAUUAUUGACAGUAUUUUCGUCAUCAAAAUAUUGCGGUGGUCGAAACGAUGCUGCUUGUAUAAUGGUCGAUUCAGGGAAAUUGAGAGUGCUUAGAUUAGAAACGAGUUAAAAAGCAUUCUGCAAUUGUUGACCUAUGGACAAAUCGCUUAUGAAGACUAUGUUUUCUCCUACCAUCUUAGCAAGGAGUCCAAGAUUAUCAUAAUUGUAAAUCAACUGAAAAUAAAAAUGAUAUUUAUA